AUGAGCCGCGCCAGCAGUCGAUCGUCAGACCGGCCGGCCUCGGCCGACCUUUCUGGCAGCAUUUACCUCAUCACCUCCGAUGGCAAGACACUCAAGCUACCCAUGCCGAGUAAUUCGCCCUACGACCCAUUGAACUGGAGCUUGUCGAAGCGACUCGUCGCCAUGGGAGUACUGAUACUUUACUCCAUUGUUUCCAUGCUGGAGACGCAAGCUGCCAGUCUAAUGUACAAAUCUCUCGCUGUCGAGUUCAACGGACAGUUUCCACUAAAUCUUCUUGUUUCAACACCGAGCACAAUAUUCCUCGGUCUCGGGGCAUUUCUCUGGAUACCCCUGUCGGUAGCCGUCGGAAGACGACCAGUCUUCUUGCUGGCGUCUUGUUUUCUGACACUCGCCACGGCCCUGGCUGCGAAUGCCUCGGGCUUCUACCAGCUCCUCGGGGCUUUGAGUUUGCAGGGGUUUUCCGCCGGGUUGAGCCUGAGUGCGUCCAUCUUGAUUGUCAUUGACUUGACCUUCAUCGACGAGCGCCCGAAUGCUCUAGGCAUGUUUUGGAGUGUCGGGUGCGGCGCUGGCCUCGUGUCCCUACGCAUCGUCCCGGCACUUGCGGCCCCAGGAUGGAGAAGCUUUUACACGGCCUGGCUCGUCCCUUGCCUCGCCGUGUUCGUUUGCGCCUUCUUCUUCCUGCCCGAGACGUACUUCGUCCGACCAGCCGUCGCCUUUGACGGCCACAUUCUCGUCCAGGGUGGCUCGGAAAAGGUCAAGAUGUACGACGACUGGGAAGAGCUGCCAGGCGGAAAAGCCAGCGCGGCCAUCCAGGCCGAGGCUGUCCCCGAGACCGUCUGGCAGGGCAUGGUAAGGCGAUGGGGAGUGCGCAAGAGCGGUGCAGGGUUCAGCGAGAUGUGGACGUGCUAUGUGCAGACGAUGCUCUGCGCAUGCAAUCCCCUCGUUUUCUGGGUCGCGAUCCUCAACGCCCUCAACUUUGGCGCAAUGAUCUUCAUUGGCGAAACGUACGCAGUGGUCAUGUCCCAACCGCCGUACAACCUUCCCGAGCGUGUCAUCUCCAUGGUCAACCCCGUUUCGGCGAUCGGUUCCCUUCUCGCCUGGCCCGUGUCGACCAUUUUGACAUCGCGUGUUGCCCGCCGUUUGACACUCCGCAACGGCGGAAUCCGAGAUGCGGAACACUACCUCAUCGCCUUUCUCCCCGCUGUGCUGGCUGGUGCGGGCAGCGUCUUCUUGUAUGGGUUCACUGUGCAUUACAAAUGGAGCUUCAUCUGGAUCUUCGUCUCCUAUCUCAUCAACGCCUUCAGCGCGGCUGCCUACGGCAUCGCGUCAACACUCUGGGUUACUGAGGCUUUCCCUCGCUGGGCGGCGCCAGCCAUGGUUAUCGUUGGCGGAGCGGGGUACAUGUUGAGCUUCGCGACGAGCUACGCUGUCACACCGUGGCUCAGAUCACAAGGUUACCUGGGUGCCAACUUCGAAUUGGGCGCUAUUCUUCUCGUCGUGGGAGGCGUCGCUGUGCCCCUUGCUUUCUGGGGAAAGAGUUUGCGACAGUACAUUGAUGGCCGGUGGGGUGUUUCGGAAGCUGGAGCGUUGCGUCCACAAUAG